AAUCGCAAUUUUCAAAUCACAUUCAUUCAAUUUACUCAAGUGAGUCAAGUGUCAAGUCUGAAAUAGCCGGGUUUGGUUUUGAGGUCCAUGUUUGUGUACUGAUUAUCCUGUGUAGCUCGCAGUUUCUAGGAUCGGAAUUUAAUUCAAUCCAUAAUACGACAGAAGUAUAUUGUGAUCAAAACACUUUGAAUGCAUAUGCGUUAUCUCAAAGGUUAAUUAAGGAAUUUUUGUGGCACAACCUAAGGAAAAAGCAUCUGAAAGAAACAUGGAAAAAAGUUCAAACAUACAAGUUAUUUCACCCAAUGUGAAAUAUACUGAAAACUAUAUUUAUGCAGAUUAUGAGUAUGAAGAAACUUUAGUUACUAAAAAGGAUAAUGAGUUAUUGGUAAAACCAUACCAGACUUCGCUAUGUAUCCGUACCGCCCGCAAGGUUGGUCGGCUGGGCAUCAUGCUCGUGGGCUGGGGCGGCAACAACGGCUCCACCUUUACGGCCGCAGUCCUCGCCAACCGACACCAGCUCUCCUGGCAAACCAAGAAUGGGAAAAUGGAUCCCAAUUGGUACGGUUCAAUAACUCAAGCGUCAACAGUCCGUUUGGGUAUUGAUGAGAGCGGCAAUGAUGUGUACGUGGGCAUGUCUGAACUUCUGCCUAUGGUGCAUCCCGACGACUUAGUAAUUGACGGUUGGGACAUAAGUCCGUUGAACCUGGCGGAGUCAAUGGUGCGCGCAAAGGUGAUCGAUUACGACCUGCAACAGAAGCUGAAGAAGGAGAUGUCGGCAAUGAAGCCAAGACCCGCAAUCUAUGAUCCAGACUUCAUCGCUGCUAACCAGGCGGACCGUGCAACAAACCUGAUCCGCGGCUCCCGCUACGAGCAGUACCUGCAGGUGCGCGCCGACAUCAAGGACUGCCGCGACAGGAACAAACUGGACAGUGUCAUUGUGCUCUGGACAGCCAACACUGAGAGGUUCUGUGAAGUGCGCGCGGGUGUGCACGAUACAUCGGACAAUUUAGAGCGUGCGCUUCGCAACAACGAUACAGAGAUCUCGCCCUCCACCAUCUUUGCUAUGGCAGCUAUCGACGAGGGCUGCUGCUACAUCAACGGGUCGCCUCAGAACACUCUGGUGAGCGGAGUGGUGGAGCGCGCGGAGCGAGCCGGCGUCUUUGUAGCGGGGGAUGACUUCAAGUCCGGACAGACCAAGCUCAAGUCUGUGCUCGUAGACUUCCUCGUCACUGCUGGUUUGAAGCCAGUGUCCAUCGUGAGUUACAACCACCUUGGUAACAAUGACGGCAAGAAUCUCUCCGCACCAAAACAGUUCCGCUCUAAAGAGAUAACAAAGAGCAAUGUAGUAGAUGACAUGGUGGAGUCUAACAACAUCUUGUACAAGCCGGGGGAGAAACCCGACCAUGUCGUUGUCAUCAAAUACGUGCCCUAUGUCGGUGACUCGAAGCGUGCGAUGGACGAGUACACGUCGGAGAUAUUGCUGCACGGCACCAACACGCUGGCUGUCCACAACACCUGCGAGGACUCGCUGCUCGCCACCCCGCUCAUACUGGACCUCGCGCUGCUCACUGAACUCUUCUCCAGGGUGCAGCUGCGCAGGGACGACACGGAAGAGUGGCAAAGUCUGCACGCUGUGUUGUCUCUGGUGUCGUAUCUGCUGAAGGCGCCGCUGGUGGCGGAGGGCGCGCCCGUCGUCAACGCACUCGGCAAGCAGCGCGCCGCCAUCGAGAACAUGAUGCGCGCCUGCCUCGCCCUGCGCCCCAUACACCACAUGCAGCUCGAACACAAGGUGCCGUUCUUGCGCGCUGAGUUGCAGUCAGGCGCCAUGUUUGCAGGAGCACCGCCCAACAAACGUCAGAAACAUGCACAAAAUGGCGCCCAGUAACUCAUACACAAUCAUACAUUUAUACUUAUCAAUGUGUCAUCAUAUUAUGAAACAGCAGAGAAAAAAAAUCUAUUAUUAGAUUAAUUAAAUCAGUAUUUAGU